AUUCGAUAUUGUUGGAACGCGGCCGGAGGAGUAGCGACCGUGGGGGAGGAGAGGCAGACGUGAGGCUCCGCGCCGCCCAGCCCCCGACACUGUACAUACUGCUUCAUGAAAACACAAGGCCAUACAUGGGGGAUUUUAAAUACAGCAACGCGUCGUCCGUAAGCUCCAUAAGCACGGAAACUUACGUCAUAAACACGUCCACUGCGAGUGUGUUCUACUCCAGUGCAACAGACGGGGGCAGCAGCUCCAGCAGCAGCAUGCAGGAGGACUGUCUGGCGGAGCAGGGCGGGGGCGUGAAGCCCGGGGGCCUGGCCGCCGGCGGGGCGGAGGGGCCCGAGGACCAGCAGCACCAGCACCAGCACCACCAGCAGCAGCAGCACACCAAUGGCGACGACGACACCAAAACAGGUGUGAAGGGGGAGGCGGCGGUGCCUCCGGUGGGGGGCAAUGCGCCCGGCACAGUGCCCGGCCCUCUGGGGUCAGGGAACAACCCCGGCCCCUCGGUGCUGGGCCCGUCAGGCUCCGGGGGAGUGCCCUCCGCCGCCGCGGCCGCCGCCGCAGCGGCAGCAGCGGCGGCAGCAGCUGCUGCGGCCGCAGGAGGGUCAGGGGUGGUGGGAGGACCCGGGGGCGGGGGCGGCUUGGUGGAGCCCGCGGCCCUGCCGGCUUCGCUGGCCUCCUCGGUGGCCUCCCUGUGGUCUCCUCCGUCCGUGGAAGAGUCACUCCUGCACUCCGGGAUGCCUACCAUCAACGGCUCCCUGUCAUUCCACGGCCUGGGCCCGAACACCCCGGGGGGCCCCUGCUCCGGAGGUCCGUCCCCACUGUUUAGCGCCACCCUGGGGCCACAGCUGGGUCUGGGACCCGGUGGGCCGCAGAACCCCCCCCAGCGCAGGAACAUGCAGCAAGGAGCACCCAGCUUCCCUGGUCAGGCGCGCCCCCAGUCCAUGGGCCCCGGGCCAGGCCCUCAGGCACCCUUUCUGCCCAAUAAGUACUCUUCGUCCUGGUCCUCCGGCCUAGGCUCCCAGGGUAGUGCAUGGUCCCCGGGACCAUCCCCCCAGGGUAAUUCCCCUGGGGGCCCGGGAGGAGGGCCAGGAGGGGCUCCUGGGGCAGCUCCAGGGGCUCCAUCGCUGCCCUGGUCCACGCGGGGCCGGGGCGGCAUGAACCCCCUGGGGCACAACCUCGGGGGCAUGUCGUCGGUGCCCCGCAAGAACACCAACCUGGCCAACAGUUCCUCCAUGGUGAUGAACAAGUUCCGGCGCUCCACCAGCUACCCCGGCAAGGGCCCCUUCCCCCAGCCCCCGGCCUUUGAGAUUACCGGGGUGGACGACGGAGGCUUCCCCCGCGACCUGCUCCAGUUCCCGCAGGUGAGUGCGUCGUGUGUACCUGGCGGGAUGUAUCGCAACACCUAUGUACACCAGGAUGGCCGCAACGGAGUGGGCAACGGAACGGGGCCGCUGGACAACAUGAGGGGCUUCGAGCACUGCCUGAACGACAUCAUGAGGCACGACCCACACGAUCACAUCAAGGGUUUCAUGGGCUGCGGUAACAACACUCUUCAAGCAUUGGCCCAACUGCACGGCCGCGGGACCCCUCGUAGAAGAGGUAAGGGCGGGUUCCUGGGGCUGGAGGAUGGCGGCGGUGUGCUGCUGGAGGAGGGCCAUCUGGUGGACGGGCUGGGGGCGCCGGUGCCACUCCCCUCGCCCUCCCGUUCUUCCCCUCGCUCGCAGGGCUCCGAGAAUGGCGAAAGGUUCUCCCGCAAAGUCUUCGUUGGAGGCCUUCCACCAGACAUUGACGAGGAGGAGAUAACAGCCAGUUUCCGAAGGUUUGGGCCGCUGGUGGUGGACUGGCCCCACAAGGCAGAGAGCAAGUCCUAUUUUCCUCCCAAGGGCUACGCUUUUCUCCUCUUCCAGGACGAGAGCAGCGUGCAGCAGUUGAUCGACGCCUGCAUCCAGGAUGACGACAAGCUGUACCUGUGCGUUUCCUCUCCCACCAUCAAGGACAAGCCGGUUCAGAUCCGCCCCUGGAGGCUCUCUGAUGCUGACUUUGUCCUUGACGCCUCCCUCCCUCUGGACCCUCGCAAGACAGUGUUUGUUGGGGGUGUGCCGAGACCCCUCAAGGCUGUGGAGCUGGCGAUGAUCAUGGACAGGCUCUACGGAGGCGUCUGCUACGCCGGCAUUGACACCGACCCGGAGCUGAAGUAUCCAAAGGGAGCUGGACGGGUGGCAUUCUCCAACCAGCAGAGCUACAUUGCGGCCAUCAGUGCUCGCUUUGUCCAGCUCCAGCAUGGCGACAUUGACAAGCGGGUGGAGGUGAAGCCCUACGUGCUGGACGACCAGAUGUGUGACGAGUGUCAGGGCGCCCGCUGCGGAGGGAAGUUUGCUCCCUUUUUCUGUGCCAAUGUCACCUGCCUCCAGUACUACUGCGAGCACUGCUGGCAGACCAUCCACUCCCGCCCCGGCAGGGAGUUCCACAAGCCACUAGUCAAAGAGGGUGCGGACCGGCCCCGCACAGUACCCUUCAGAUCUCCGUGGCGGUGGCACCGGGAGCCCGGCUGGUGCCUCACCAACAAGUAAUGAGAAGACUUUAGGCCCAAAAAUAAGGACCCCCUCAGGCCUGCCAACAGCUCUGGCCAUGAUAACAGAACCAUUAGCAAAGCACUGCAAGUAACUGGCCGGCGGGAGCAGCCUCCCUCUGUCCCCCACCCCCCCACACCGCAUGCUAGACACCUACAGCCCUGGAUCCUGCGCCCCUCCACCGGCUGGCGGGGCACAGGGCCACAAUGCCAUCAGCUCUGGCCUCCCACACCCCCCCCUGCUGGGUGCCGCUGCUCACUCCCAACGGAAGAUGUUCUACUCCUCCCUCUCUAGCUCGGCCUCACUGUUAUACUCCUCUGUCCUUUGGCGGGGCGGGGCGGGGCAGGACAGGUGGGCGGCCACUACCCUGCAAAUGCAAACAUUCUAAGAGUGAGGGUUGCUGGGCCGCCUCCGGCCUGUCCUGUCCUGCCGUGCCCACGCGUUGCCCAAGUGACAGCAGUGGGCCGUGUUAAUAAGUUUCACUAUGAGUCUAGUAUAGCUUCUGCUUCCCUGCUGUAUAAACAUGUAUAAUGAUAAGCAGUGCGAGGCAGGUGAGUAGAGCAGAGUAGUGUGUGUAUGGGCGGCCGGCCGGAGGAGGCCAGAGGGACAGGGACGCGUGGUCCGGCCGCCCAGGAGGUGUAGUUUCUUAGAGGAGCCCACCUGAGCCCCCAGUCCUAAUUAGGGUCAGGUGAGACAUGGGGCAGGGCUGAGCCGGGUCAGUAAAUAAUAACCAGCAGUAGUGUGUCAGGCUUGUAGAGUAUUACUACUACUACUACUACUACAUACAGCUCCUCUUCCUCCUCCUCCUCCUUGUGCUGCUCCUACUAUUCCUACUCCAAAUUCUACUAUUGUGUCCAGCAGUGUCUCGCAGGCUGAGGAAGGUUGCUGCAGCUUGUGGCAGGUUCACCAUCGAGGGGGUCUCCUUCCUCUGAAAUACUGGAUCCGGGGCGCGGCGGGCCAGGCGGGCGGGGCACCAACAUCCUCUUUUGUCCAUCCCUGAGCACCUCCUGUGGGCUGCCCCUGUGUUGAACCCCCCCAGCCUGCCCUGGCCCGCCCCGCCCCUCCCAUUUUUUGCAGCUGUUGGCUACUCUACUCCACUCUACUUUAACCUACUUGACUCUCGCUCCCACACUCCCCCUCCUCUCCCCUCCCCCACCUCCCUGCCCCCACUUCUUAGUGCUGUCUGUCAACUUGCCUCAUUUCCUUGUUAAGAGUUGAGAAAUUUUAUGAGAAAUAGCUGUGAGAGAUAGAGAUAGAGCGAGAGAGAGAAAGAGAAGAGUGUUGUAGACGAUAAAUAUAGCCGGGACCGUCGCGUUGGUUGGCGCAGAGAGAGUUCAAAGGUGUGGCGGGACUGGUCCAUGCUGGCUCAGUCCCCCCAGGAGCAGCCAGCAGCCCAGGAUGUGUGUGAUACUGCAAGAGUCUUUUUGCACUAGGAUAAUUUUGAUCCAUAUAGAAUUUGUAUUUUUGCGUGUUUGAAUUUUGAUACUGUCCUUGUUAGUAAGUUUAUCAUCAUCAUGUAGCCUAUGCGGGUGUCUCGUGACCAGUUAAAUGGUUAUAGUUUUUUUGCCUUUUGCUGUUACAAGUACUGUGUAAGAAAACAACCCGCAACUAUUUGUGGGCUUUAAAAAAACUUUGUAGCUAAACUAGCGGAGCUGUGACGGUGUCUUUACUACAUACAGCUUGAGGUACAGCUUCCCGCCGCCAGGCUAACACACCAGGACCAGCGCGGCCGACUCCCGGGCCCGCCAGCCGCCCGGCCAGGCAGGGAGCAGCGGUGUGUGGCAGCAGCAAGCGAGAGAUGGGAAGUGAGUCGGUCAGCCGCAGGUCCACUGGCUUGCCGCGUUCACCCUUUGAUCUCUCCAUUUUUUUUACGAGUAACCAAAGACACAAUUGGCUUUGCGGGAGGCAACAUACCCAUCCCGGAGCGUGUGACCCCGAGCCCCGUGGGGCCCUGGCCGCCCCGAACCCCGCCGGCGCGCAGGCCCCGUUUGAUAUAGUUUGGUGACCCGGCCGGCGCUGGGCCCGCUGUACAUACGUCAUCACACUUCAUGCCCAUGUGACCACAUUGCGUCGCUAGUGAGUGUAGAGGUUCAUGUAUUUUUAUUAUGAAUAUAUUAAUUUCCCAGAUGACAUAGACGGUUAUAUUUUUGUGUUGUCGCUCUUGUUUGUCUCCGCACGGAAACUUUUAUAUUAGCAGCCGGCGGCCUCAGCCUGUACAGUACACAGUCCGGCUCAACCUUUUCAUAUUUGUACAUACUAUUUUUUUACUGAGCGGUCGAGGGAGAGAUUGGGCCUGGCCGGGGCGGGGCGUGGCCAGGGCGCGGGGCGGGGCGCGGGCCGGGGCCGCCCGCGCCCUACAACAGCAAUAGUGGGCCGGAUGGCGUGUCCAUUUCUAUUUUAAAAAAAUGUGAAAACAUUAAAAAAAUUUUUACACACUUUUUCUAGAGGUUUAACUUGGGAAUUUCUGAAAACUUUAUAUACUAUUGCUUGAUCAGUGAGCCUCGGAGCACCAGCCUGCACCCGGCACCCGCCCACCGCCUGGCGCUGGGGCAGCAGACAAUCACACCCUCCACCCCCACCCCGCCCCCAAGGGGUGUGCAACGUGCGUGGAGGUGUCUAGUCAGUCCCCACGUCCCGGCCAACCACCCCGCCCUCCUGGCCCCUCUCCCUCCAUCACACCACACCACACACCUCCCUCCCCUCACCCCGUCCCUGCCCCCCACCCCCCUCGCCGCCCACACACCCACACCCUGGCAGUGACACAGAGGGGGCCGCGGUGGGGGGGGCGCGGGGGCCGGGGUGAGGGCAGGUCAGGUUGCUCCAGCCGGAUGAUGUGCAUUUUAUUCGUAAUGUUGUUUUCUUAUUUAUUUACUUCCUACCCUAAUAAUUUUAUUGUUCUUUAAUUUUGGAUAUAUUUUGUCAUAAUUUUGUAUAAUUUGUAAUUUAAUACGUAUUGUUUGUGUGAGUGUGGCUGCCCCUUCUCUUCCUCCUUCUCCUCCUCCUCCUUCUGCCCUGUUUGUGUUUGUUUUGUUUGUUUGUUUGUUUGUUGCGUGUGUUGACCAGCCCCGCCCAUCACUCCCCCCCCCACCGUCAUGGCCCUGCCCCCCCUUCACGUUUGUCUGUGAUCAAGAAGAGCUUUUGUUUCUGUGAUUCUUUCUUCACCGCGUACGUACCAUACUUUUAAUUGACUAGUUUUAUCAUCGUUGAAAUUCUGUUAUUAUUUAUUCUUCCCUCCUUUUCUCCCUGCUUUCCCUCCCCUCCCAAUCCCCUCAGCCCCUUUUCAAUGUUUCAUCACUCCCCACCCUCCCCUCUCUUCCUCUCCCCUUUCCUCACUCUCCUGAUGUUCCCUCUUCCUCAUGCCCCUUCCUCCCCCUUCCCCUUCCACGCGGGUCAGGUUGGUGGCUCCGUGUUACGUGCAAUUGGCCCCGACGCUCCUGGUGCUGAUUUGAGUCAUUUGGUAUUAGUGUGCUGGCGUGGGGCUGAGGUGGGGCGGGGCGGGGUGGGGCACGAGAGGGAGAGAGGGGGAGAGGGAGGGAAGGGGGGAGGGAAGUAGAUAUUGCUGUGGAUUAGUAAUGGUGGUGGUGGUGGUGGUGGUGGUGUUUAAUGGGAGUAUUGGAGGUGAUGGGUGUUGGGUCAUACCUUGUCCCCCCCCCCCCACGCCGCUGUUCCCAUCCCCCCCCUCCCCUCCCCCCUCCUGCUUCUCGCCUCCCCGGCCUCUUUGAGCACACGAUGCAGCAGCUUUAACAUAACAUCUCAUAGAGUAUGUUAUUUCUAGUGUAACGUCCCCGUUUUAUAUAUAUUUGCAUACUUUUCUUGCAUAAUCCUGUUUUAUCUCUCACCGUAGACUCCAGAUUUUGUUGUUGGCGUGUGUGCGUGUGUGUGCGUGGUGGUGUCGGAGCCCAGACAGAGGAUAUGCUAUUUUUUAAAAAAUAUAGAUUUUUUAGCGAGUCACUCCAGCAAUACCAAAUAGCUUACGACAGACUUUGGUAAGUGCGUGCGUGCGUGGCGGGACGAGCGCUGGCCCAGCCCGCGAAACACAGACCGGUGCGUGCGUGCUUGCGACGUGUUUGCGUCCUACGUGGUGCGGCCGCCAAGCGCACGGCCUGUUCAACACAGCACGGGCCGUGUACAGGGUUGACAGCCGUGCCGCUUGCGUGGGCCGUGCCUCGUACGUGCGUGUGCAUCGUGUGGUGGUGCGCGGCGCGCGUCGUGCGUCGCGGCGCGUGUCAGCAGGACGGUGGUGGGAAGGUGGGUCGCCUCCGCGUCCUAGUUAACGCCGUGUUGCUCGUUAUCACCUCAUUUAAUAUAAGCAUAAAUAGUGCCUGCCUAGUGACAGUGUUUGGGUGAGGCCGCGCUGCCCCGCCCCGCCCCGGCGCCCCAGCGAGGCGGGCAGCGGCCGGGGCGGGGCGGGGCGGGGCGGCUUCCCCUCCCCCCCCCGUCGUUCCCACUAUGUGAUUGUUGAGGUAGUCAUCUUUUAUACUUGUUUUUGCUUUUAUAGAUAUUUUUUUAAUUUUUCUAAUUUAUACUUAGUGUUAUCUUGUAACCAAAGUUGUUGUGGUGUUUCGUGCGGCCGCGCGCCGGCCACAGUUAACGGUUUGACAUCGUUUUUCUGCUUUUUAUGAUAUAGUCGAGAUUUUUGCUGAUCUCCUUUUUGUACCAGUGUGUAGGGUAGACGGCGAGCAGGCGCGGGGCCCGCCCCGCCCCCGCCACACAUUGGACAUUUUUAUAUCAUUACUAUCACUCAUUUGAUAACACAUUGCUAGUGACAGCGACAGUUUUAUUGUCUGCACUCGAGGAAAUUGUUACCAGAGUCCCGGAGCGAGGAAAGGCGCGGCGGGGCGGCCGCCGAGGGGCCGCCGCCGCGCGCUCGCUCGCGAUGAUCAAAAUCCUGUGUUUUCCGUCGCCGAGCAGGAGAGGCCGAGGCACUAUUUGUUGUUAAUGAUAGAGAUGGUGUAAAUUAUUUUUGUUUGGGAUUAUUUUUGUGCAUCGCGGAGCCUAGUGUUAGUGAGGCUGCGAGGCGCCUCCGGCCACCCAACCGCUCGCCCCAGCCCUCCGGGGCGGGGCGGGGCGGGGAGGGGCCUGGCUGGGGGGGCGCCGCCCGCGGGACUUGGACUCACUUUUGUUACUUCUCAGCCAUGGACACCUUUUGUAACUAAAUAGAUUUUUAUGAGUGUUUGGUGAAGCAUUUUUUAAUUUUUUGUAAGUCCAGAGUAACUGGUGGGCGAGGCGGGGCGGGGCGGUGGGACCCCUCCCUCCCGCCCCGCCCCGACCCGCCCACAAUUAGUCUUAACUUUUUAAUUUUGUUGCCCUUACACAUUUUUAUGUUUUAUAAAAUAACGUGAAAAAAUAUUUAAAUAUGUUUUUAAUGUUGUGUGAACAUUUCGUGAAUGGGUAGUCAGUCACCAAGAUUUUUCUACAUUUUCUUACUUUGAUACAAGCGCGGGACCGCCGCGCGGCCUUGUGUUGGAGCCUUUUGUACCGAGGGAGGCGCGUGUGACCUGUUCCAUGUUCAUUUACUCUGUAGCUUACAAUAAACCUGUUUACUUAC